AUGAGUCACGAAACGGUUACGAUUGGUGUCCUGGCUAUACAAGGUGCGUUUCAGGAGCACAUUGCUCGCUUUGCCUCCCUGAACGCCUCGUCGAGUGGAACUACCGUUCGUGCUCUGGCCAUUCGACGGCCUGAGCAGUUGGCACAGUGCCAUGGAUUGGUCCUUCCUGGCGGCGAAUCGACGUCGAUCGUUUUGGGCCUUCGCAAUGCCGACCUACUUGAGCCUUUGCGUGUGUGGAUUCGCGAGGGCAAGCCUGUUUGGGGCACGUGUGCUGGUAUGAUCAUGCUUGCCAGCGUAGCGACGGGCGGCAAACGUGGCGGCCAAGAGCUUCUGGGCGGCAUGGACGUGCAGGUCGGUCGGAAUGGAUUCGGAUCGCAGGUCUAUUCUUUUGAAUGCGAUCUCCCUUGCCCUGCGUUGGGCGAAGCGCCCUUCCCCGGUGUCUUUAUUCGUGCGCCUGUCGUGGAGAAGCUACUGACAAGCCGGGCCGAGGAACAGGAAGCUGUGACAUCCCACGAGCAAAAGGGUUUGACCGUGGCCUACUGCCCACCAGACAUGCGCUGCCUGCAAGAAGGGGUGGCGGUGGAGCCUCUUGUUUGGCUCCCGCUCGAUGGCCCCAGCCAUGCCGAGGCUACAGAUGCGUCUCGCAUCGUGGCGUACCGCCAGGGCGCUUUGCUGGCUACCAGCUUCCACCCUGAGCUGACGUCGGAUACGCGCUUGCACAGCUACUUUGUGCGUGCGUUUGUGUUGCCUGCUAUGCACUCGUAG